AUGCCAUUAAACCGACUUAAUGUAUCAUAUGCGUGUGAUAAUUGUAAAAGUCGAAAAUUGAAAUGUGAUCGUGUCGCAUCCUCUACAUCGAUUACGAAAUGCACUCAAUGUAAAAAACGUAACCUAGAGUGCACUUACAAUAAAGGAAAAGGGAAAAAACGUGGACCAAAACCUAAAAAUAAACUGAUUGAUGACAACUCUAUGAUACAUGUAGAUGAAGAUGAAAUAUUUCGUACUCAGAUCCUUCGACUCACAACCUUGUCCAUCAAAGAAUCUUGUUGGUCAUCAUUGCCAUAUAGGUUGUACCGUAAG